AUGGAUUCAGUGACCUUUGAGGAUGUGGCUGUGAACUUCACCCUGGAAGAGUGGGCUUUCCUGGAUCCUUCACAGAAGAAGCUCUAUAGAGAUGUGAUGCGGGAAACCUUGAGGAACCUGAUCUCAAUAGGAGAAAAAUGGGAAGAUCAUGACAUUGAAGAUCAGUACAAAAAUCAGGGGAGAAAAUUAAGAAGUCAUGUAGUUGAAAGACUCUGUGAAAGUAAAGAGGGUAGUCAGUGUGGAGAAAACUUCAGCAUUAUUCCAAACCUCAAUCUGAGCAAGAAAACUAAUAGGAUGAAACCACGUGAAUGCAGUGUAUGUGGAAAAGUGUUUACACGUCAUUCAUCCCUUAAGAGACAUAUGAGAUAUCACACUGAACGUAAACCACCUGAGUAUCAGAAAUAUGGAGAGAAGCCAUAUAGAUGUAAGGAAUGUGGUAAAGCCUUUGGCUAUCUCCAAUUUUUGGAGACCCAUGAGAAAAAUCACAAUCGAGAGAAAAAACAUAAAUGUGAGGAAUGUGGGAAAGCAUUCCAUUCCCGUGCAUCCUUUCAAGCACAUGAAAGAAUCCACACAGGAGAAAAACCCUAUGAAUGUAAGGAAUGUGGGGAGGCCUUCAUAUACUAUCAUACUUUUAGAACACAUCAAAGGACUCACACAGGUGAGAAACCCUAUGAAUGUAAGCAGUGUGGUAAAGCCUUCAGUUGUCCUAGUUCUUUUCGGAAACAUGAAAGAAUUCAUACUGGGGAAAAGCCUUAUGAAUGUAAGGAGUGUGGGAGAACCUUCAGAGGUCUCUCAAGCCUUCGAGCACACAUGAUCACUCACACUGGCGAUGGACCUUAUAAAUGUCAGGAAUGUGAGAGAGCCUUCAUUUCUCCUAGUUCCUUUCGAAUACAUCAAAGGAUUCACACUGGAGAGAAACCCUAUGAAUGUGAACAAUGUGGUAAAGCUUUCAAUUACUACAAUUCCUUACAGUCACACAGAAGAACUCAUACUGGAGAGAAGCCCUAUGAAUGCAAGGAAUGUGGGAAAACCCUGUCCCAUCAGCAAACCUUAAAAAUACACAUGCGGCUGCACACUGGAGAGAAACCCUAUGAAUGUAAACAAUGUGGUAAAGCUUUCAGAUAUUACCCUUCCUUUCACAAACACAAACAAAUUCAUACUGGAGGGAAACCCUUCGAAUGCAAACAAUGUGGUAAAGCCUUCAGUCAUUACAAUUCCUUACAGUCACAUGGAAGAACUCACACUGGAGAGAAACCCUACGAAUGCAAGGAAUGUGGGAAAGCCCUCUCCCAUCACCAAACCUUGAGAGUACACAUGAGACUGCACACUGGAGAGAAACCCUAUGAAUGCUCACAGUGCAAAAAAUCCUAUAAAUGUAAGGAAUGUGGAAAAUCCUUUAGAUAUCGUCAAUCUGUUCGAAAACAUGAACGGACUCACACUGGAGAGAAACCCUAUCAGUGUAAACAGUGUGGAAAAGCCUUUCGAUACCAUCAAACCUUUCAAACACAUGAAAGAACUCACACAGGAGAGAAACCCUAUGAAUGUAAGCAAUGUGGUAAAGCCCUCAGUUGUCCCAGUUCCUUUCGAAGCCAUGAAAGGACUCAUACUGGAGAAAAACCCUAUGAAUGUAAAAAGUGUAGUAAAGCCUUCAGUUGUCCCAGUUCUCUUCGAAAACAUGAGAGAACUCAUACUGGAGAGAAACCUUAUGAUUGUAAGGAAUGUGGAAAAGCUUUUAUUUCUCUUGGAAGUUUUCAAAGACACAUGAUAACACAUACUGGAGUUGGACCUUAUAAAUGUAAGGACUGUGGGAAAGCAUUCAAUUGUCCCAGUUCAUACAGAAUACACGAAAGAUCUCACACUGGAGAAAAACCCUAUGAAUGUAAACAAUGUGGUAGAGCCUUCAGUUGUUCCAGUUCAUUUCGAACACAUGAAAGAACUCACACUGGAGAGAAACCUUAUCAAUGUAAGGAAUGUGGAAAAGCCUUCCACUGGCUCACCACUUUUCAAGUCCACUGUGGAAAAACCUUCAGUUCUCCUCUAGGUCUGCAAAUACAUGAAAGAACUCACACUGGGGAGAAACCCUAUAAAUGUGAGAAAUGUGGGAAAGCAUUUGUUUCUCUCACAAGCUUUCGAAGACACAUGAUGACGCACACUGGAGAUGGACCUUAUAAAUGUACAGAAUGUGGGAAAGCAUUUAAUUGUCCUAGUUCAUUUCGAAUACAUGAAAGAACUCACACAGGAGAGAAACCCUAUGAUUGUAAGAUAUGUGGUAAAGCCUUCAGUUGUUCCAGUUACGUUCAAGUACAUGAAAGAACUCACACUGGAGAGAAACCCUAUGAAUGUAAGGAAUGUGGGAAGGCAUUCAUUUACCGCACAACCUUUCGAGGUCACUUGAGAGUGCACACUGGUGAGAAACCAUAUAAAUGUAAAGACUGUGGGAAAGCCUUUAGUCGACCCAGUUCAUACAGAAGUCAUGAGAGAAUUCACACUGGAGAGAAACUUCUUGAAUGUAAGCACUGUGGGAAGGCCUUCAAUUGGCCCACAUCCUUACAUAAACAUGUCAUGAGAAUGCACACUAGAUAA